AUGGUAGCUAUGGUUUCCAUAACAACACGCGCCUGGUGCUUGCCCCCCGGUCCCCUACUCCCGCCCCGCGCCCCCUCCCCCGGGCCCCCCGCGUUUUAUCGAUCCAGGCCCUCUCCCCGCGCGCCACUCCAAAUCAAAUUACACGAGCGGAGCAAGCGGCUGGCGGCUGCCGACACACUACGCGCCAACCGCGCACCCCUCACCGACUCAAUCAACUUUGUAUUGGCG